AUGCUAUCUCACGCCGACCUCCUGGAUGCGCGCCUCGGUGAGUUGCGAUGCCUGAGGUCCGGCAUGAAGGAUGCAUCCGAGCUUCUUGGGCACAGGGAAGCCUUGAAGUGUCGGCUAGGAGGAUCGGACACGGGACACGAUAUGGCCCCGGGUGGAGAUGGCGUGGAGGGCGCAACACUUCUCCCAGGAGAUGAUAUUAAUACUGGACCCAAUCCCUCCGGCAUGCAGGUCAACUCCAAAGACCAAGACAAACACCACCAGCAGAUCUCCAACCAGUCCAACGGCCAACAGACUCAGCAGCAGAAACAGAAACGUCACCGGACCCGUUUUACCCCGGCUCAGCUGAACGAGCUCGAGAGGAGCUUCGCUAAGACCCAUUACCCUGAUAUCUUCAUGAGAGAGGAGCUCGCGCUUAGAAUCGGUUUAACGGAAUCCAGAGUGCAGGUGUGGUUUCAGAACCGACGUGCCAAGUGGAAGAAGCGCAAGAAGACCACCAACGUGUUCCGCGCUCCAGGCACCUUGCUACCCACGCACGGCUUGCCUCAGUUCCCUUCAGCGGCGGCAGCUGCGGCGGCUAUGGGGGAUAGCCUGUGUUCUUUUCAUGCCAAUGACACCCGUUGGGCUGCCGCUGGUAUGCCCGGGGUCUCUCAGCUCCAGCUCCCGCCGACCCUGGGCAGACAGCAGGCCAUGGCCCAGUCUCUGUCCCAGUGCAGCCUCGGCAGUCAUCCUGGCAAUUCAAUGAGCAUCUCCAACGGGUUGUCAUCCAACGGGGGUGGCCUUCAAUCCCACCUGUACCAACCCACAUUCCCCGGCAUGGUCCCCGCGUCUCUCUCCGGCCCCACCAAUGUCACUGGCUCUCCCCAGCUGUGCAGCUCCCCGGAUAGCGACGUGUGGAGAGGGAGCAGCAUCGCGUCUCUGCGCCGCAAAGCUCUGGAGCACACGGUUUCUAUGAGUUUCACCUAAUGAUGAUGAACGCUCAGUGUGUGUUUUUUUAAUUCUUUCAACCCCGCCAUUUUAAACAGAGGAAACGAUUACUCAGGUUCUGAAAAAUUCGUCACGAGAAAUAGUCAACGAGAACAAGAUGACGUGCCAAUAGCAUUUCAUACCUUCUUUUGUUUUAUUGCAAACUCUUAAUUGUAUUUUGCACAUUCUCAGUAAAACGAU